AUGUUUAAGCUGUGGCGCGUUUUCCUUGUGUGUAGUCUGCUAAUCCAGUCACAUUGCAUUGGUAGUCCGGCAAGAGCUCGAUCUAAAACUAAAGGGGCAGUGCUGCGGGUGUCUAAAGAAGCAUUAAACAAAGCUGUUUCAGGAGAAAUUAAAGAUCAACGUCAGCUCAAAGUUAGAACCCCCCCAGCUGGUGGCGGAAGUGGUGGUGGUAAUGGUGGUGGGGACCUUCUUGGAGGUCUUGUAGGAGGAGUGCUUGGUGGAGGCAAUGGUGGAGGUCUACUAGGAGGUGUCCUUGGUGGUGGAAAUGGAGGAGGUCUUUUAGGAGGUGUGCUUGGAGGAGGUGACGGCAAAGGAGGAGGACAAGGAGGAGGACUGCUUGGUGGAGUACUUGGAGGAGGAGGUGGUGGGGGGCUUCUCGGAGGCCUUCUUGGUGGUGGCGGUGGUGGUGGAGGGCUUCUUGGAGGUCUUCUUGGAGGAGGGGGUGGUGGUGGAAAUGCUGGAGGGCCUCAAAUGAAUGGUGGAAUUCUUGGAAAUGGAGGACUGCUUGGCGGCUUGCUUGGUGGAGGAGGUAUACUUGGAAUACUUGGCAAUGGAGGUCUUCUUAACACAGUACAGGGUAUCACUGGUUUACGGAUCAUAGAUCUUACACUUCCACGAGUUUCUCUUCACCUUCUGCCAGGAAUUGGAGUUCACCUUAAUUUAUACACUAAAGUGGCAAUAAAUGGAAAUAGCUUGUUAGGGUUUCUCGAUAUCUUGGUGGAAGUUAAUAUCACAGCUAGGACUAGGCUGACGCAGGAAUCAUCAGGUGUACCCAGACUGGUUAUUGAGGACUGCCAUGCACUUCUUGGAGGAAUAAAUAUUAGACUUUUAAGAGGCCUGCUUUCUGGAAUAUUAGAUGGACUGGUCAGCAACUUACUUCAGGGUGUUUUACCUGCAGCGCUGUGUCCUGUAUUAGAAGUUGUGCUUGGCUUGGUUAAUGGACUUUUGCUCACUGUUAACUCUAUGGUUCCGUUAGGUAUACUUGGAAGCAUUCAAUACACAGUAUCAAGCCUUCCACUUGUGACUGGGCAGUUUAUUGAGCUUGAUUUAAAUACAGUUGUAGGCCAGUUAGGUGGUGGCCUUAUUGACUAUCCCCUUGGUAAAUCUGCCCCAAUUGAGUUGCCACCAAUGAAAGAAGCAACAGAGGCUCAGCUUGGCCUUUCAGCAAAUUUCCUGGGUUGUGUUUUAACUGCACUCCAAAAAGAAGGUCUGAUGGAUAUAGAAUUAUCAGAUGGAGAUGUGCCUGGAAUUCCACCCCUUACAACAGCUGUCAUUGGUGGUGUAAUUCCAAAGGUUGCCCAAAUAUAUAAAGAAGUAAAGCCACUUGUUCUCAAAAUCACUGUUCCUGCUGCACCUGUGGUCUCACUGCAAAAAAACCGUGGCGUUGUGACGAUGUUUGUCAAAUCCGAAGUGUUUGCUGUUACUUCACCCACUUCACGGACAUCUCUUUGUGUUCUGGGUGUUGAUGUGCAUCUAGGAGCACAGUUUUCUGUCUCAGGUGAUAACUUGAAGAUUGCUUUGUCAGUGGAAAGCACGCGCCUAUCUCUAGUGUCUUCAUCAGUAGGACGUUUUGAGGUAACAUUAAGUGGACUGGUUGGGAACAUAGUUAGCUUUGCCUUCUUGCCAUCAAUAAACACUGUAGUAGGGAAUGGAAUACCGCUUCCAAAACUGAUGAACAUAGACUUUAAUAAUGCAAACAUCGACAUUCUUGAUGACCUUGUUGUUCUAUCUAAAUAA